GAGAGAGAAAGAGGCAGACAGACAAACCGUGUGUGUGUGUGUGUGUGUGUGCAUGUGGAGCAAGUCACGUUUUGUAAGCAAGAUCCACACCGUGUAUGCUCAGUAGGCGUGUAAGACAGGCCGUAUACCGACCGGACCGUCCUGUGUGUGUGUCUGCGAGGGAGGUCGAGUGGUUACCCUGCAGUCACCCACCAUGCGAUCAGGGGUCUCUUCUCUUCUCCCAUGAAUGUGACAAUGACAGUGCAGUGACAGUGCUUGAGUCAGACAGAGCCCUGCAAAGAUGCGAAGAAGAGCGUUGUCCAUGGAGGAGGAGGAGGAGGAGGAGGAGGCAUGGUCCUCCGUGACCGGCAGGUACAGGGAGAGAGAGAGGGAGCGGCGGGCGUCCACGACGGUGGAGGCCCAGAAGACGCUGAAUGCCCAUUUCCUCAAGGCGCUGCAGGAGAACGACGUCCAGGAGGUGGAGAAUCUCCUCCGCACCACCACCAUCGACGUCGACACCGUCUUCCAAGUGGAGGACCAGAAUACGGUGGUGGCCUCCUACAUGCAAGGCUACUGGUUGCCCGGCUACAUAUUGGAGAAGUCAAUGGCGCUGGGUAUCCAUGUGUGCAUGAUGUACAACUCUCUGGAGUGUGCAUUGGUGCUACUGGAGAGAGGCGCGUCCCUAAACCGCAUGCCCAAUGGCAAGACGGCGCUACACGUGGCCUGCGAGGUGUCCCAUGGCGACUGCGUAGCUCUGCUUCUGGAACAUGGCGCCAAGCCAAAUCGCGUCUCCCUCAGCGGCCACGCCGCCCUCCAGUACUGCAUCACCAAGCAGUCACUGGACUGCGCCAGGCAUCUCAUACUCAAAGGUGCUGAGGUGAACUUUGUCAGCCAGAACAAUGACGAGGACACACCACUUCACACGGCCGCUCGCUUCGGCCUGGUGGAGAUGGCGGCCUUUUACCUGAGUCACGGCGCUGGCAUCAACACUGGCAACGCUCGCAUGGAGACGCCGCUCAUCACCGCCGCGUACUGGUCCUUCUGCUUGAGAGAACAGAGCUACAGCACCGACCACCAUCUGGUGUGUCGCAUAUUGCUGGACCAUGGGGCCCACCCGAACCUGAAGGAGGAGGACAACAAGACGCCGCUCCAUAAGGCGGCGUGGAACGCUGACCACAUACUCAUGGAGAUGCUGCUGAACGCUGGGGCCAGCGCCAUGGCCAUGGACAUCAAUGGCUGCCCGCCCUUACAGUACCUGAUCAAGGUUACACAGGUGCGGCCGGCCUCCAUCCCUGAGAUAUGCUAUCAGCUGCUUUUGAACCAUGGGUGUGCCCGAGUCUACCCGCCGCAGUUCCACAAGGUGCUACAGUCCUGUCAUGAGUUCCCCAGGGCGGUGGAGGUCAUGGUCAACUGCUACGAGCACAUCAAGUCCAACAGCAAGUGGAAGACGGCCAUCUCUGAUGAAUGCUACAAGGUACAGAAAGCAUCUCCCAUUUCAACUGGCAACAACAGUGAUGUUGUAUUCAGUUAUUUACAAUGUGUUGGUUACAGUCCCUGGAGUAAUGUGGGGUUAGGUGCCUUGCUCAAGGGCACUUCAGCCAAUGAAUAGUAGUAGUAGUAGUAGUGUGUUUAUCCCACCCCCUUCAACAUUUACCUUACGACACAGUUGUAACCAAACAUGACAAAAAUUGACGUGGACAUUGGACAUAGACAGGUAUUUAACCAUCAUCAAUCAUCAGUAGUCCCAGUCUAUUCCAUAGCAUUUCUAUAGCAUGAGGUAAGUGCAAAAUCAGUAAGGUGUAAAAUAAAUAAAUACAUGGCAGAAAAACAAUCAAUAAAUACUUCGCAGAUAAAAACUACACAAGUGCAAUCCCUGCUCAGGCCUGCUGAAACAGGGUGCAAGAUCAAGAUGUACAUUUUCGUUUACUCUGUUUGUUAUAAAGGCCAAUAACGUGUGGAAUAAAAGAGUUCUUCAUCCCGUUUUUAAAAAUCGCAGGAUAUCUGAAUCUGUUGCUUGAUGGCAGCAACUCAAAAGAAUAGGAAUGGAGGUGUAAGCGGAGGUAAGGUCUUGAAAUAUUGAAAGCGAUACCUUGGUGAUACCAGUGUUGCAAAAAACAAACAAAAAAUCAACCAAAGUUGCUACUGGUUCGCUGAAAAGAGCGAUUUUUCAGUUAUUCUCGUUCUAUUUCGUGCUGUUUCCACAACCGUCAAGUCAGCGUGAAUGUUCUGAAGAUAAAGUGAGCCAAUGAUGAAGACAUGGUAUUGAUGGUUUAAAUGCACCCUCACUGGCAUGUGCAACUGUUAAGGAUGCCAAGGCAGUCCAGCUCAGCUGUUUUUCUAAAGCAGCGGUUCCCAAACUUUUUUCCUGCGCACCCCCUUCAUUGUACAUUUGAAUGGUUCGCGCAGAGCCUAACUGCUGCGUGCAUGCCCCCCCAUAACACAGAAGCCUAGAACGCCAGAACAGCUAAGACUUCCAGAGCGCCAUACAAUGUGUUUUUAAAAAAAAUAAAGUUAUGACAAAUAUUUACUGGAAUUAAUGGUACUUUUGUUACCUGCUGUAUAAAACACAGAGUAUCUGCUGUAAACCGUUGGGAAAAUGUCAAAGCAAACGUCUUUAUCAUUGUUUAAAAAAAAAAAAACUAAACGGGCACACCCGGCUCAGAUCCACCUUUCUAAAUCAUCGCAAUUUUAUAUAGUUGGUGCAGCAGGUAAUGCGGUCAACCCUGCCCUUUGACAAUACACGGCUGUCUGGCUUUGUGGUCAUUGCGCAUUUCACUCCCUACACAACUUUGACCAAUCUUAAAUAGUUCUAUAGUUAUUGGGAUUGAAUUAAUUUGACCAACAUUGAGGGCUUUGCACAAUCGCACAUGGCAUAUUUUUGUCUGUGAGGGUCUGUAGAUAGCGAGCCAUGAAUGGGCAGACCUUCCUCAUAUGGCCUAUAAACAGUGCUUAAAGGGACACUGUGUGAGAUUUUUAGUUGUUUAUUUCCAGAAUUAAUGCUGCCCAUUCACUAAUGUGACCUUUUUCAUGAAUACUUACCACCACCAUUAAAUUCUAAGUAUUCACUUUUACUGGAAAAAUUGCACUUUUCAUACAUGAAAAGGGGGAUCUUCUCCAUGGUCCGCUAUUUUGAAUUUCCAAAAACAGCCUUUUUUAGCUGUAAAAAUGACUCUACUUGGACCCUACUAGGAAAUAUUUGUUUAUUACUUAGUAAACUUUCAUGUAAAGAUCAUAUUUGGCAAUAGGCAGUCCAGUUUCAAUGAGCAGCAUAGUUGCAAUACCUUUUUUGACCAUUUCCUGCACAGUGUACCUUUAAACAAAAACAAAAAAACAGCCAAAGUCGCUAUUGGCUCGCUGAAAAGUCUCUAGAUGACGUCAUAACGUUACUGUUGUAAACUCCACAGGAGAAAAACCAGGAAGCUGGUGAAUCGAGUUGGUGAGCUUUAUUAAUGACCACAAUGAUCUUCAACAAAGGUAGAACACAAAAAGGUAAGUAAAACAAAAGGUAAGUAAAACAAAAGGUAAGUACAAACUUCAACGGAGGUACUCUCUUCACAGGAGGAAAACAAAAGGGGUCUUGAUACAAGCGAGACCAGAAAACAACUGAAACAAAGGGUUCAAUUUAAACAGCAAUACAGAUCAGGUGGCAAAUGUCUCUUAGGAGCUGUUUCCACGUCGCAGGAUAUUUUUUAUAUGUGGAUAUUUUUUUUCCUGGUUACAUUGGUUUUGUCCUUACGUUUCCACGUAGCAGAUAUUAAAUAUUCAGAUAUAAAAAAGCAGGCUUUAAAAAUAUCCUAUUUAGGGGGCUGAAACGCAUUUGUUGCAAUGGAGGAUUUAUGUGUAUCCACAUGUUGCAUUUACACCUAAAAAUGAGAAAAAAUACCCUGCUAAAAAAAAUCCUGCUACAUGGAAACAGCACCUCAGUUGCAACUGAAGAUUGAAGAUUGAACUGAAGGAUUGGUGAUCAUUACAGCUCGUUGUUCAAUUAGUCCAUUUUAGAAUGCUGGUGAAUUUGACCUGAUUUGGGCUUGUUGAGGUGAGUGAGUUUAUGGACCGUGACAGUUACGUAUGACGUCACAACGUCACGCAUGAGACGCUGAUCCCUAGAAAACAUUCCCACAUGCCUUUGUUCACACAAAUGGGCAGUGCUAGCUACUGUUUGGAGAUCAGAGCUAAUCUGCAGUACUGCUUAACCGUGGGAAACGCUUCUGACGGUGGAGCAGUUACAAUUAUGUUGAAUAUAGGGCUGGGACAUUAACGCUUUAAUUUCGGUUAGUUAAUCACGUGAUUCGAUUAAUUAGUUAACGCGAUUUAAAAAAUUAAUCGCAGGCUAAUAUAGCUACAUACUUCUGGAUUAGACCAUUGGAGGGCAGUGUUACGCCUGAUGGUGAACAGCCUGCUGAAAUUGAGAAGAGUUCCCUCUUCUUUUAAAAAUGAAUAAUAUUUUUAGAUUAAGCUUAUUUAUUUUUAUUAUUCAAAAUCCAUGUGAAAAAAAAUAUUUUUCACUGUUCUCAAGUCAGAUAUUUGAAUGUGAUUAAAAUGCGAUUAAUUAGAUUAAUUAAUUUCAAAGCCUUACACUGCAAAAAACGAAAAUCUGUACAAGUGUAAUAUACUUGAAUUCAGCAUUUUGGUCUCAUUAGACUUGUUUUUGAAUGUAUUUUCUUGGUAAGACUGACUAUUGUUAAGAUGAAUUGACUUGUUUCAAGAAAAUUCAUCUUUUUUAUCCUACCUAGAUAAUAAAACUGGUUCUGAGCAGCUUUUUUCUUAAAAUAGAACACAUACUGACAGAGUCGCAUUAACAAUUAGACUGUGAGUACAUUUUUACUUGUUUCAAGACAAUAAGACAAUCCAAAUGAACCUGUUUUAAGAACUGGCUCGAUCUCACUAAGAUAUUCUAGCUAAUCAACUGUGAUUGCAUAAAAAUGAAUAGGGCCAAUGAGAUUUCCA